UGUGUUUUUAUUUUAUCUUGUUGUGUUUGCUUUCGCUCUCUAUCUAUCUACUUGUUCUUCUCUACUUCUCCUCAGUUCUCAAAACCCUAAAAAAACCCUUAUCAAACCAUUAAAUUUCUUCUCUUCGUUGAAGAAGAGAAGAACUAAGAAAUAUGAACAUCUCUCUGUUACUUCCUUCUCCCUCUUUACCUACUUCUUCAUCUUCUCGUCCAGUUUUUUUCUCCCAGUUUAUAAACCCAAAUCCUUUUCGGAUAACAAACCCUAGAAUUUCUAUAACAAGAAGUGCAAAACAAUAUCGAAACAGACUUUCGAUUACUAGAAGCUCAGCAGUAGACGAGAGUAAUACUUCUGUUAAUAAUUCGGUUGAAGUGUUUGGGGAAAAAAAGGAAUUAUCAGGGUUUCAAGUACUUGCUGAUAGUUUAUCACCACCAGUUAGAUUAGUCAGUUCAAUUGCACUAGUUGCUGGUGCUUUAGCUGCUGGUUAUGGUUUAGGGUUUAGAUUUGGUGGAGGAAAUAAGAAUAUUGGUAUUGCCGGUGCUGUUGCUUUUGGUGCUGCUGGUGGCGCUGCUGUUUAUGCGUUGAAUUCAUCUGUUCCUGAAGUUGCUGCUGUGAAUUUGCAUAAUUUUGUGGCGAGUUGUGAGGAUCCAUUAGACCUGAACAGUGAGGCGAUUGAUGGAAUUGCAAAAAGAUAUGGUGUUAGCAAACAAGAUGAAGCCUUCAAUGCGGAGCUUUGUGAAUUGUACAGUCGGUUUGUAACAUCUGUCCUUCCAUCUGGAAAUGAAAAUCUCACUGGCAAUGAAGUAGACGCUAUCAAAAAGUUUAAAAGUGCUCUUGGACUUGAUGACCCAGAUGCAGCUGCUAUGCAUAUGGAGAUUGGAAGGCGCAUCUUUAGGCAAAGGCUGGAAACUGGAGAUCGAGAUGGGGACACUGAGCAACGACGGGCAUUCCAGAAGCUGAUAUAUGUUUCCACCCUUGUGUUUGGGGAUGCAUCAACUUUUCUUUUGCCUUGGAAGCGUGUUUUCAAGGUCACUGAUUCUCAGGUAGAAGUUGCAAUCCGUGACAGUGCCCAGAGAUUGUAUGCCUCCAAGAUAAAAUCAAUUGAUAGAGAUAUUGAUGAAGAACAACUGAUUAAACUGAGAGAAGCACAACUCCAGUAUCGGCUUUCUGACGAGCUGGCGGCAGACAUGUUUAGAGAGCAUACUCGAAAACUGGUCGAGGAGAAUAUUUCACUAGCUUUGGAUGUCAUAAAGUCAAGGACAGGAGCUGUCAGGGGAGCAACACAAGUUGUUGAAGAGCUUGAGAAGAUUCUGGCAUUCAAUAACAAGCUCAUGUCAUUAAGUAGCCACCCGGAAGCUGCUCGCUUUGCCCUUGGUGUGGGACCUGUUUCUUUGUUAGGCGGUGACUACGAGGGUGACAGAAAAAUGAAUGACUUAAAGCUUGUAUACAGAUCAUAUGUUGUUGAAUCUUACUCGAGUGGUCGCAUCGAAGAAAGCAAGCUUGUUUCUUUGAACCAUUUGAAGAACAUCUUUGGUUUAGGAAAACGAGAGGCUGAGUCCAUUAAGCUGGAAGUUACCUCAAAAGUCUAUCGCCGUAGGCUUUCUCAGGCAGUUGCUGGUGGUGCACUAGAUGCUGCAGAUAGCAAAGCUGCAUUCCUUCAAAACCUCUGCGAAGAGUUGUACUUCGAUCCAGAGAAGGCCAGUGAAAUCCAUGAAGAAAUUUACCGGCAAAAGCUUCAGCAGUCUGUAGCUGAUGGAGAGUUGAAUGAGGUGGAUGUUGCUGCUUUGCUACGACUACGGGUUCUGCUCUGCGUUCCUCAAAAAACCGUUGAAGCAGCACAUGCUGAUAUCUGUGGCAGUUUGUUUGAAAAGGUUGUGAAGGAGGCUAUAUCAGCUGGUGUUGAUGGAUAUGAUCCUGAUGUCAAAGCUAAUGUUAGGAAAGCAGCACAUGGCCUGCGGCUAACAAAAGAGGCUGCCAUGGAUAUUGCUAGCAAGGCAGUGCGCAAGAUGUUUUUGAACUACAUCAAAAUAGCUCGAGCAGCUGGUAACCGUACAGAGUCCGCUAAAGAGCUAAAGAAGAUGAUAGCAUUCAAUUCUUUGGUUGUGACUGAAUUAGUAGCAGACAUUAAGGGUGAGUCCACAGAUACUGCACCUACACCUGAGGAGCCAGUUGAAGAAAAGAAACAAGUCGAGGACGAAGAAGAUUUAGAGGAAUGGGAGUCCAUUCAAACACUAAGGAAAUCAAGACCAAGCAAAGAGCUCGAAGCUAAGCUAGGGAAACCAUCUCAGACGGAGAUAACCGUCAAGGAUGAUCUUCCAUUGAGAGACAGGACUGACCUUUACAAAACCUACUUGCUUUUCUGUAUUACUGGGGAGGUCACAAAAAUUCCAUUUGGGGCACAAAUAACCACAAAGAAGGACAAUUCAGAAUAUUUGCUGCUAAAUAAGUUAGGCGUAAUAUUAGGAUUAACUGGUCAAGAGAUUGUGGAGGUCCAUAGGGGUCUGGCUGAACAGGCUUACAGGCAACAAGCUGAGGUGCUUCUAGCUGAUGGUCAGAUGAGUAAGGCCAGAUUUGAACAGCUCAGUGAGUUGGCAAAGCAGGUUGGCCUGCAACCUGAGUUCGCCCAGAAAAUAAACGAGAACAUAACAAACACGAAAAUGGCAGCUGCAAUUGAAACUGCUAUAGGUCAAGGAAGGCUCAACAUAAAACAGAUCCGAGAACUCAAAGGAGCAGGCGUGAAUUUUGACAAGAUGAUCUCUGAGACCUUGCGCGAGAAUCUCUUUAAGAGAUCCGUUGAUGAGAUUUUCUCCUCGGGUACUGGAGAGUUUGACGAAGAGGAAGUUUAUGAAAAGAUCCCAGCGGAUCUUAGUAUCAACAUUGGAAAGGCUAAAGGAGUGGUUCAUGAGCUCGCUAAGACUAGGCUAUCGAACUCCCUGAUUCAGGCUGUGUCAUUGUUACGACAAAGAAACCGUGCAGGAGUGGUUUCAUCUCUCAAUGAUCUGUUAGCGUGUGACAAAGCCGUGCCUGCUCAACCAUUAACAUGGGAGGUGCCCGAGGAACUUGCAGAUCUAUAUGUACUAUACUCGAAGAAUGGCCCAGCGCCUGAGAAAUUAUCUCGCCUGCAAUAUCUUCUUGGAAUUAGUGACUCUGCAGCAUCUGAGCUGAAAAAUCAGGGAGAAAGACCGCAAAAUGGAGCACCUGAAGAAGAGUUUGUAUUUUAAUCCUAGUAGUCUGGACAAAUUUUGGUAGAAGUGGUCUCAUUUUAUAUUAUAUAUAAGCUUGAAUUGUAUAAUUUCCCCUUGGGAGGGGAACCUAGGGUCUCUUUCUCAUGAACGGUUUGCUGUUUUUAUCACCAUGGCAGAAGAUAAUUGCAAUAAUAUUGGUUGACACCUAUUUGUUUUGGGGGACUACAUAUUUUGCUUUUGCAGGGGCCUUUCUGUAA